AUGUUGGGAUUUGCGAGAUAUGUAGAGGGAUCAGCAAUAUCUUAUCAAAUUUUCUUGGUAUUUGGAAUUCUACCAUGUGUUAUCUCUAGCGAGGCUUUAAAUGGAUUGUUAUCAUCAGGUUCAUCGAAAGAUAACAACGAAAAGUGUACAUUGGCUACCUCUCAUUGUGCCCCAAUCGCUCUUCAUCUCAAUCGUACAUGCUUAGGUAAUCAUUUGCCUUACAAGCUGACAGCCCCAAUACCACUUGGCGAGGAUGUGACUUUUUACAGUCUAGAGUUUUGGACAGCCCUACAGUCUAUUCCAACAUGUUGGGAUAAAUUACAAUUCUUUUUAUGCUCCGUUUAUAUUCCUGAAUGUGUUGUUAUUCAAACUUCAAAAUCCGUUAAUGUGGAUAGUUCGUAUUCAUCUGUUACUUAUGGAAAUAAUCAAUCUGAUCUGAAUAAUCAUUCAAAUAAUGUAACUAAUAAUCAGGAAUUCUUCAAUAAAAACAUUUCAGUUGAUAACUUUCCAUCAUCAUCGACAAAUGUUCAUCGAAUUGUUUUACCAGAGGCUGAAAUGUGUGAAGCCGUACAUAAAGCAUGUCCACUUCUUUUUUCAAUUAUUCACUCAAUGAAUAAUAAUAAUAAUGUGAAGAAGAAAUCUACAGAAAGCAACAACACUGGCUCUGGUCACAGUAUUAAUAAUAAUGGUAGUGGUAAAGAUAUUGGCGAUGAUACCAGUACUAGUAAACAGUAUAAUCAUUUAUAUCCGAAAUUCUUGGAUUGUUCAUUGUAUACACCAGGAUGUCGACAGAAUAAAUUAACUGCUCGUUUAUUUCAAAGUAAUGGCGGUGGAUGUCAGUCUCCUCUUGUUACAACAUCAUUAAGACGAAAUUGGAUUCCUGGCAUAGAAAGAUGUAGUUUUCCAUGUCAACGUCCUCAUUUCGAUCCUGAACAUUAUAAAUUAGCUAGAUGGAUUACAGGUUGUGCUGCUUUGUUCUGUUUAUGUACUAAUAUUUUUACAUUGUUUACUAUUCGUUUACAAUUAGCUGAACGUAUGGAGAUAACAUUACAACUUUCAGUUUAUAUUCAUCGUCUUAUUGAUUCAUUACAUUUGCCAACAUUUUCAACAAAUCGAAAAUCUCAUCUUAUCUACAAUGGUAAAUCAUCCAAAUCAUCAGCGACAACAGUAGCCACUUCUUUAACAGGAACAAAAACGAAUACAACAACUACAACAUCUAAUGAUACAGUUUAUAAUCCAUCUUGGCGUUUAUUACAUACAUCAUUAUUUUAUAUACAUUUAUUUUUAAUAUUUGGUUGCUUUGGUUGGUUAUUACCUUUAUUACCAAGUAUUGGUGAAUAUGUUGCUUGUCGGGAAGAUGGUAGUCUUCGUGUUGGUGAACCACAAAUCAGUUCCGGGAAAUCAUAUCUAUGUAUUAUCGAUUUCAUUUUAUUGUAUUUCUCCUCUAUGGUUGCUGCAAUUUGGUCAAAUAUUUUUGAUUAUGCAUUAUUAUAUCAAAUGAAAAAAAUUAAUUAUAAUCUAACUAAUCAACUAUCUCAUCAUCAACAAUUCCCUCCUAAACAUCAUCAUCGUUACCAUCACUACAAGGGUAAACUACAUCGACAACAAUCACAACAUCGUAAUCAUCGUCAUCGCCAACGACAUCAUCAUCAUCAUGAACAUCAACAACAACAACAACAACCAUCUCAACAAUACCAUACCGAUGUUGAAAUGAAACAUUUUCAUUCAUAUAUAACAAAAUUCAGUGAGAAUUUAUCUAAAAAAUAUAAUAAAUCAUUAGAUCGUUCUAUACCAAAACGAAUAUCUGAUGAACCAUUAUCAGAGAUAACAAAUUCAGUCAACUUAACUAAUGAAAAAUCAUCUGAAUUUGAAUUAAUUAAUGAAGAACAUUUUAUUCCAAUUAAUGAUACUACUACUAGUGAUACUACUACUAAUAAUAAAAACAAUAAUACUACUACUGCUACAAUCACUAAUGAAACAAUCAUUGAACCAUUAAAUGUAUCCAUUUCAAAAGAUUGUACAAAUAAUAUGAAUAUGAUUAAGAAAGAAUGCAAAUUAUCUUGUUCAUUUUUAUCAUCAACGUCGUCGUCAUCGUCGUCUUCUUCUAGUUCUACUUCAUCACCUUCAUCAUUGACGUCGUCAUCUUCUUCAUUAUUGUUAUUAUCUAGUCAAAAUGUUAAUAAUAUAGAAAAAACGGAUGAUACACCACAAUUGUCUAAUAAUAAUACUGAUAAUAGUCUUAAAACUAGUAAAUUUCACAAUUCUAUGCAUAAAUUCCAUAAACAAAAAAUAAAAGGUUCAAAGAAUUAUUAUGUUGGUGAUGAUUAUCAUAAAUUACAUUCUUCUCCUUCCAGUCAUAACCAUAGUCUUGUAUGCUUGGAGUCGAUUCCUCAACAUUCACCAGGAAUAGAUAGUAUUUGUUUAAAUCCAUAUCAUAAUUAUCAUGAUCGUCAACAUCAUCCACAUCAACACCACCUUCAUCAUCGUUGUCGUACUGGUAGUCAUAAUUACCAUCAACAGUAUAAAUUUGGAUCAUUUACUGGAAUCCCACUAAAUUCACUUGUCGACUUAUUAUCGUCUGAUUGUAUAAACUCAUGUUUUCAUUCAUCCUCGUGUUUUCCAAUUUCUAAACCAUUAAUCUCACAAAUAUUAUGGAUUCAACUAUUUACUAGUGACAAAUAUCUUUUUAUCCAUAACAUUGAUACAAUUGGAACUGUUGAUGAUGAGACUACUAAACAUGGUCAUCAUGGUGAAGAGGAUGUUAAUGAUGAUGCUGUUGAUCAUGAUGACAGGAUUAAUGGUCAUUUUGUAAAUACAAAAACUACCGCUAAUACUACCACAACUUGUUCUCAUAUGAGAUCACUUAUGCUGAAUCAAGGUGUUAUCAUUUCAUCUCCAGUCAAUAAUCAGUCAAUAAAUACUCAACCGCAAACCACCUGUUUACAUUUCUUAGCACUUGCCAUCCCUUUAGUGUUUACAUUGAUUAUUUUGACAGCUGCAGAAAUUGAUGGUAAUUCAUUAAGUGGAAUCUGUUCUGUUGGUUUAAUCAAUAUAUGGGCACGUGUUGGACUCUUAUUAAUCCCAUUCACAUUAUGUUUAAUGAUAAAAUUUUAUUAUUUUAUUCAAUUAAUGCAACAAUUUAUAAAAUUACGUCAUAAAUUCCUGUUAUCAUCAUUUCAUGUGGAUCAUGAAAUAGCUCAACGUUUAAUACGUUAUUGUUUAUUUUAUGGUGUAUUUCUGAUGUUUCUACUAAGUUUAUGGUUAUAUUCAAUUUGUAUUCAUACUUAUGUGUAUUUAAAUGAACCAGUCUGGCUGGAAUCACAACGUCGUUUAUUCUUAUGUCGAAUACGUUAUCGUUUAUUGGGACUUGAUGAAUUAGCGUCAAUGAAUGUUUGUGUAAAUACAGCUUUUUCGUAUGAAACUGUUGAUACAUCACCGUCUUCAAUAUCGUCAUCAUCGGCAGCAACAGUGGAUGCAUUCAGUCCGUCAUUGAAUAUUCAUUCAAAUCAUAUUAAUCCAACAUUUCCAACGAAAACUCAUAUCUCAGUAGAUGAUUCCUUGAUGUUAAACAAUAUAGCUGAUUUACAAUCAUCAUCUACACAAUCAAUAUCUGAUUUAUUAACGAUGAAAUCAUCUGAUCUACAAACACACCACCAACAACAACAACAGCAAAUUUGGAAACAACAGCGACAAACAGAACAAUCAAUUCAACAGAAUGACGGGAAAGCAUCAUCAUCGUCAUUAACAGCAACACGAAUGUCAACUUAUCUGCCUAUUGAUGAUGAUAAUGAGGUGGUAUUAAUUCGAAAACCAUCUGUUGGUCCAUUACUUUUACAUUUAAUCAUUUAUUUCGCUAUAAAUCUUUUGUAUAAUUCAAUGUGUUUACUAGAUCCGUCAGUGAAACGAACUUGGUGUUAUUUGUUUAAACGGAUUGUAUUUUGGUUUCAACGUAAAAAGAAACAUUUAUUCCAACAUCAUCUACAACAACGUCCACGUAACCGGCAUCGUUAUCAACAACGACAUUAUCAUUCGCCUUAUUCACAUGAUUAUAGUGACAAUGAUCAUAAUAAUAAUGAUAAGCAUAAUGAGAAUAAUCUUGGCAUCUUAAAUGAUAAUGAUGACUUCAUUAAGUCCUAUUUAAAUCAUUUAAUCAUUGGAUUCAGUUGGUGGGAUCCUGGUUUCUUUACAAUUCCUACACCAAUUUUAUCAAAUAAUGAUUUAUGGAAAAAAUCUGGCCUAUUUUAUUCACAUGGAAACAAUAAUUCUAAGAAAUUACAAGAUUUUGAAUUAGUUAAAUGUAAAUCAGUACAUCGUUUUAAUGGUCAUGAUAAUCAUUAUUCUACUACCAAUAGUAAUACUACUAAAAUGAUAAAUAGUAGUAUGUUGAAUUGUACUGAUAAUGAUGAUAAUGAUGGCAAUCGUCAUCAUGAACAUCAACAUCAUCGUCAUAAACUUGUCAAUAAAAUUAAUCAUCAUACAGAUCAUGAUAUUGUGGAUUUGAAUGCGGAUAAUAAUAAUAAUAAUAUUAACAUCCUAGAGCAGUUGGAUCAUGUGGUCGGUCCAUUGGAAUCAUUAUUACUAUUGUUACAAUCAAACACAUCAAAUCCUCAACAUUUAUCAACUUUAUUAUCAAAAUUACUACUUUUGUCAGUGAAUAAUAAUAAUAACAAUAAUAAUAAUAAUAAUAAUAAUAAUAAUAAUUCGAAUGGUUUAUUAGAACGGUCAGUUUUAAAUCAUCAUCAUCAUCAUCAGCAGCAACAAAAUUCACAAUUAUCUUCGACAUCAUCUUCAUCACCGCCGUCUUCAGUUCAUGAUAAUAAUAAUAAUCAUAAUAAUAAUAAUUUGGAAACUGUAUUAUUGUUCAUUUUACGUCAGUUGUAUCAAUUAUCGUCUACAAAUGGGUUGACAGGUAUAUCUAAUGAUAAUGCUCCUGUUAAACAUCAGAAUAAUGUUAGUACUACUAGUUCUACAACAAACCCUACUAUUACUACUAAUGAUAGUAGUAUUUGUCGUAGCCAAGACACUAAUCAUAAUUUAACUGGCAAUACAAUGGUCAAUGAAGCAAUAGAAUUGAUCCCGACUACUUUGAUUCGUAAUAAUAGUAAUGUUAAUUUGACUGGGAGUAAUCAUCAUCAUCAUCAUUCCAAUCAUUCUUUGUCCCAUCAGUCAGAUUUAGCAGCUACUACCUAUGAACAUUAUCAAAAACAGUUGUCGGAUUUAACAGCAAGCAUCACACAACGUCGAAGCAGGCAUAAACGAUUAUUAUCUGGACGUUCGUCAAUUCGUCGUCGUAGUCAAUCGCAUAGUCUACCUACAAAUGGUUUAAUUUUACCUAAUUUAACUACAUCAAUGAAUGUUACCAGUAAUAGAAUAAAUUCUUCAUUAUAUUCUACAGAAUCCAAAUCAAUUGAACAACCAUUUAUAUCAAUAGGAACAGCAAAUGGAACGACAACAACAACAACAGCGUCAGUAUCAUGUUUACCACUUGGAAGAAGAAGUUCAUUCAAUGUAUUACAAGCUGCAGCUUCUAUGUUUGCUGCUGCAGCUGUCGCUUCUACAAAAAUGAAUAAUACUAGUAAUAAUUCUUUUAAUAAUCGACGCCGAUUAAGUCAAUCUGGUUUAAGUGGAAUUGAUACAUUUUCUACACAUCAUUUGGAUAGUUCUAGUGGUACAGCUUCAGCUUUUGGUGGAAGUCAAAUCUCGUCAACAUCCAUACGAAGUGCUUUAACUAGUGUCGGCCUAUCUCAUCGUCAUCACCGCCAUCAUCAUCGUCGGCGGCGGCAAAACUAUCAUACUCGACCAUCUUCAACAUCUGAAGCUCCAUUAAUUAAUAGUAUCAAUAAUCAUAAUAAUAGCACUCUGAAUAAUAUACAAUCUAAUACCGUUGGUGUAUCGACCACUACAAAGUAUAAUAAUAGUAAUAAUAAUAAUAUGCAUAGUAUGGGCAGUCGAAUGUCAUCAUUACGAUCAAUAUCAUGUGCUUCUUCGUCAGGCGCUGAAUCAUACAACUCGUAUCGAUUAUUGAUUAACCAAGCUGGUGCAAGUUGGCGUGAAUUAUGGCGUACACGAAUGUUAUUAAUGCACGUGUUACGUUGGGCUGAAAACGUUACAUCAUUUAUGCAACCGAACACUAACACUACUACUACUACUACUAGUAAUAAUAAUAGUAGUAACAAUAUAAAUUCUAGUGUACUUAAUGAUGAAUUUAGUAAAUCACAAAUUAGCCUAUCAAACUAUUUUGAUGCACCUAAAAAUAGCAAUAUCGACUGUGUGAAAACACCGACAACAAGUAUUACUACUACUAUGAUGACGGUGACGACGACCACAUCAGCUAUUGUUACCACUUGUAAUUGUGACGAUUUUGGCAAUAGAAGUAAAAGCAGUCCAUCCAAUAUUAAUCAGCAAUUACCGGCAUUCAUGUCUAAACCUACCGAUUGUAUAAAUGAUUUCAAUGGACAACUAAUUCAAUUGAUAAUGUCAUUGAUUGGACAACAAAAUCAGAAUCAAUCUGUCAAUCCUGAAAUUAGAUCCCAAUCAAAACUGGACAUAAAUACACGAUUAUCAACUAAUCCAUUAAAUAAUUCACAUAUUGAAUCAUCUUUACAAACAGUCAUUACUACAAUGACAACAACAACUACUGCUAUAAGUAGUAUGAAUCAUUUCGUUGGACAAACUCAUCAGUUGGCGAUUAUGGAUCCUAUGAUGGCAGCAGCAUUUGCUGCGGCGACAGCGGCAGCUACUGUAGCUCUACAACAACAACAACAACAAGCUUUACGCCAGUCGUCGCCAUCAAAUUCAGCAUCAUCUCCUGCUGCUAUUGGUGCUGUUACUUUUGGCACACAGACAUCUGAUAUUAAUAAUUGCAACAAUAAUAUUAAAAUCCCCCAACAGAAUCUUAGUACUAGUAAUGCAAAUAUUAACAGCCAAUCCUAUCAAGAUGUAUAUCAUCCAGUUAUGACACAUUGGACUACCGGAUCAUGUUCACUAGGACAGAUGCCACAAGAUAUAUAUCACUCCUCAAGUAGUCAGCAUUUAACAUCACCACCACAUAAUCCUCUCAAGAAUGGUGAUACUAAUAAUAUCUCACAUAUGAAACCAAUCGUAAAUAUUUCACCAUAUUCACAAAGUGUUAACAACUGGUUCGCUGAUAUGCCAUCAACCUCUGAUCGUCACGAUCAUCAUCAUCAUCAUCGUUCGCCUUAUGAUCCAAAUUCAUUGAGAACUAUUCACAUGUCAAACAAUAAUACAUCUAACAAUCAAAUGAAUAAUAACGAUAUGAAUACAAUAGGACCAUAUCAUAAUUAUUUUAUACAACCAAAUUCUACGCAUUUGACUAAUAUAUCUUCUAAUGAAAAUCAUCAUUUUUAUCAAUGUACUACUGCACCAGAUCUACUUUUAGAUCAUGAACAACUUAUUAUAACAGAAGGAUCUAGAAAUAUGAUUAAUCCAUCACCAAGUUAUUCAUCAUCACAAUUAUUAACUCAACAUCACCACAACCAACAACAACUGCCUGUAAACUAUCCAAUAGAUAAUUGUAACCAUUCUGUAAUUCAUUUAACUAAUUCAAUUCAUUCACCUUCUAACAAUACUAUUAUUAAUGUUUCACAAAUUCCAUUAUUACCUUUCUCUUCUACAUUGUCCUCUGUUUCGAAUUCACAACAAAAUGAGUAUACAUUAUGUCCUAAUACAUGUACAAAUCCAUAUAUUGUAACUGGUAGUCCAUUUAUUAUCAAUGAACAAGAUCCCAAUGUAAAAGUAUUACGCAAUCCAUCUGAUAAAGUUAUCCUCACCAGUCCUGAUAAUCAUAAUAAUGACUCAGAUGCAUUUGAUAGUGAAGAUGAAAUUGUUUCAGUAAAUGAAGAUGAUGGUGACGUCGACGGUGAUGACAUUAACAAUAACAAUAAUCAUGAACAUAAUGUUCAACACCAAAGUCAACAACAUACAAAUUUAUUAUUUACACAUAUCCCUUAUGUUGUAACAAAUCAAAUUUAUCCUAAUAAUUAUGAACCAAUGAUUGAAUUGAAUACAAAUUCAAGUGAAUAUUUUAUGCCUGGUUUCGUAAGUCCAACUUACCAUCAUUAUCAUCAACAUCAUUUGACUACAAUUGACCCAAGUAAAGUCACUACAACAAUAACAACAGCGAUAACAACAACAACGACAACUCAUUGUCUUCCAUCUCAUCCAUUGUCAGUUUAUUCAAAUAUCUUAAUGCAAAGUAAAUGUUCAACAUAUAUUAGUCCAGAUGAUGGUGAAAUAUCUAGUGUUAGUCAAAGUGCUAGUCAAGUUGUUCCAUGUGCAUCAUCUCCAUCAUCUUCAUGUACAGACUCAUCAUCUUCUUCAUCAUCCUCUUCCUCAUCAUCAUCAUUUUCAAAGUCUAAAUUAAAUUCAUGUAAUGAUCAAUUAACUUAUAAUCCUGUUAUUGUUACUUGUACACAACUUGAUCAUAUCAUCACUGAUCCUUCACCAUUAUCUUCUUCUUCUUUAUCUCAGCCUAUUGAUCAACAUAAUGAUUCUAUUGCCAAUGUACAUCAUAUCAUACCACUUGAUGAUAAACAAUCAAAUUUAAAUGAAACAAAAAUUAUUGACGACACAACCACCACCACCACAACAACAACAAUAUAGAUUCAUUUUUAUGUUCCCUUUUUUUAAUUCCCCUCGGUAACAAUCUUGUCUCCUUUUUUUGUUAUUGUUCUUUUUCCUUAACUUUAUUCUUUUCUUUUUAUACAAGUAAUCGGAAUAAAUUGUGUUUUUGUUGUUUACUUUUAAAAUUUUACUAUCAAGAGAUAAGUUUGUUUAGUUACUUACUUACUUACUUACUUACACUCGUUCUCUCUCUCUCGCUUUCUUUUGUCACUUCACUUCACUCCAUGUAACCCUCUCCCUUUUUAACAAAGGUCUAAGAUUCAUUCUGUUCUAUUUACUUUUCAAUUUGAUACGUUAUUAUUGUACAUUGAAUAGUAGUAGAUUUGGGAAUUGUUGAAAAUUAUUACAUUUUAAACAAAUAUACUUAUAAUAUACAUAGAAAGAGGUAAGACUUCCUUCCUUCCUUCCCUCCUUCUUUUUCCUUUCAACUUAUUCAAUACACUUCAUUAUCAAUGAAUAGAACACCACCACCACCACCACCACUACCAACACCAACAAGAAACUAUCAAGCGCCUACCUAAACUUUUUUUUAUUUCUAUUUUUACUCAUUUUAUGUAAUAUGUAAUGUAAAAAAAAACAACUAAGGAUUGAAUAAUGAAAUUAGUUUAACUAUAAAAAGGUUUAUAUAUUACUUAUAUAAUACACUUUAUAGUUUCUUUUAUAUUCUUUAUCUAGUUCAUGUGUUAUUUCUUUUUGUGAUUCAUUAUCCAAAUAUAUUGUAUGUAUAAAAAA